AUGAAGAUUGAGCCUGGAGAUCCUGUAAUCCUGUUCUCAGGACCUAAUAAUAUUUAUUUUUCUCAAAUUCCAAAAGAAGAUCAGAAAAUCCCUAACAAGCAAUCCGAAGCCAAUGUAAAAAACAAGAGAUUAAUACAUAAUAAAAAAGGAAUCUUCGAUCUAGCUUCUUGUAUAGGAAAAUUUUAUGGACAAAAAUUAUUCUGGGAUGAGAAUAAUAAAAAACACUGGGUUGUAUUACUUAAACCUACUCCUGAACUUAUCACUAAAUCCAUAAUACAUCGAACACAAAUCUUAUAUAGAGCUGAUAUAUCAUUAAUCGUAUUAUUACUUGAUUUAAUGCCUGGGAAGCGUGUACUUGAAUGCGGCACUGGUUCUGGUUCCUUAAGUUACGCUUUAGCUUCUUCAGUUGCUCCUAAUGGCCAUGUUUUUACUUUUGAUUUUCAUCCACAACGAAUUCAAUAUUCCAUGGAUUUAUUCGAAAAAACAAAAAUUUCCGAUUUGAUAACUGUAACUGAGACUGAUGCAUAUUCUGAUAAUGCGUUUUUGGUCAAUGAUCCAACUCAUUCAGUCACUGAACACUCAAUUGAUUCUGUUUUCUUAGACAUUCCAUCGCCUUGGAAUUGUAUACAUAAUGUUACAAGCGUUAUUAAGCAUUUUGGGAAGUUAGUGAUUUUUAUACCAUCAAUAGAACAGUGUAAUAAAAUAACAGAGUGUUUACACAGUAGCGGUUACAUGCUUAUUCGAACAUUCGAAGUUUUAACAAAGCCCUGGGGAAUCAGCUUUACAAACUCUGAUACCGCCGAUUCAGACGAUGAGGAUCCAGUUGUUACUGGUAAGCAGGUGGAUAAUACUGAGAAUUUGGGAGAAUAUGUAAAUUAUCAAUUGCCACAGUUUAACCAUACAGGAUACAUUACAGUAGCAACAUCUAACAUAUAUUAAUGUUAUACUAAAUCGA